AUGGACCUUGGCAAAUUCCUGCCUAAAAUCACUGAGGGAAGUCUCAGGAAGGUGGCGUGCGCCGCUGGCGUGGUACUGUUGGGUUCAGCCGGCUUCAUUUAUUACCGGCGUUGGCGCAGAACCAACCCGCCACCUGAGCUCUCUCAGCCGGCCACGAAUGACUACGAAGAAAGACCGGAUGAGACCAGUGAUCUUCAGGUCGACAUGCCAAACUGGCAACUGGUGGCUAAUGACCCGCUGCCCACAGAGGAACCCGUGCUUCCGCAUUCUGGCAACUGCGAACUGCAGAGCGCAUCCAGAAUCAUCCGGUUCCUCUCGAGCGAAAGUCACCGUUCUCGGUCUGAGUCAGUGCAGCUCAGACGAUGCUCUGUGUGUGUGGUACAAGGGUCAGAGAUCCAGCAGUGGUGGUUCACCAUUGCUGAGAGCUGCCGUGUAAAUCAUGUUGGUUUCCCUUACUACACCACCAGUGAGGUUUCUUUCACUGGCAUACAGCAAACCUUCCACGAGGUGACCAGGGACUGCAGCCAGCUGUGGGCCGACGGACAGGAGGAUGCUGCUCACUGUGUGGAGAACGCCACCUUUCAAACACCGGACAUGGACUCCGGGACUGACUCCGAGGGCAGCGACGAGGGCAGUCUUUCUCCCGAGGAGAGCGAGGUGCAUUUCAUCAGCUGCCACCCGAAGGACUGCGGCAUCGCAGACGUCGCCCUGAAGCUGCCUGCACUCCGUGAGGUGUUCUCUACCCUGUUGACCAGCGUUCACCUCCAGAACUUGCUGUUUGUGAGCGGCAAAGAGCUGGUGAUGCACCUAGCCACCCUGAACGAGCGGGAUGUGCUCGAGGUGCAGCUCUCUUACGAGGCUCUGAUCCGCUUCCUAAGAGGAGCAGCCAAUCGGAGCUCAAUCGAGCUGGAGAUGUCCGAGAUGCAGCUGAACUUUCUCGAUGUGCUGUACGAACUCGUCGUCUUCGUCUUACGACUCUGCACCCGAGUUUAUGGACGGAGGAUUCCUGGAUCCACUGUUUAAGCACAUCAUGAGUUGGGACCCAGAGAUCUGGGAAACUGCUGCUCAGCGGUGCUUCCUGGCUCUUCAAGAUCAGCUGACAGCUCACUUUAUUAGGAACACUUUCUUGUUGCUCAGAUUUCUCGGUAGCGGGACUGCAAAUUUUACUCAGUAUACGGAGUAGUAAGGUUUCACAGAAUCCCUCUUUACAAAGAAAAAAAAAUUGGUUAACAGUUUUGUGAUUUCAAAGGAAU